UACAGCGUUACCCGGACAGGAAGUGUCGACUCCUAGUGCUUUAUCUCGUGGAAUUUCAAGUGCAAUUCACCAAUGAAAAGUACAACAACGCCCUGAGGAAAACCCGAGAGAUCAUUGUCAGUAAUAAUUUCCUACUGUUGUCGUUGAGUGAAAAAAUUUCAGCGCAAAUACCCGAGAAUUUUUAUAUUUUAUGAGUGAGUCGUGACAACCCGGGGGAUUUCAACUUUAAAAUAAAAUUUCUCCCCGUUUUUUUUGGAAAGCCAGGGGUGGGGGGAAGAAGGCUUUUUACUCAACCAAAAUGAAGAAAAAUAAACGAGAUGGGGAGGUUGAUCUGACGGCAGCGGAAAAACUAUUGAGUUGGUGAAUGACAAAAGACUGAAAGAAGAAAAAAAGACUAGAGGAAGGAGACGAGAAAAAAAAAACGAUAAAAUGCGGAUUUUAGUCGUUUCACUGCUUCUGAACGUUGCCAUGCAGACCAAAUACACGUCGACGUACGUUGAAGCAGAGAUGAUUCAUCAGAGUCGAAGUGGUGUUAACAACGCUGUGAAUAAUCCUGAUUUCUCUACUAUCAAGGCCCCAAUUAUGAAUUUUGGGACUGAUAAUUCUACCAGAAUUCUUGCACAAUCAGGAUCCACUGCUCUCCUACCCUGCAUCGUCCACAGCAUCGGAGAGGGAACAGUCACUUGGAUCAGGAGAAAGAGUAUACAACAUCAAUUACUAACCGUCGGUCUGACAACGUACGCCAGCGACGGUCGUUUCCAGGCUAUCCACUUUCAUCAUAGUGAGGAUUGGACCCUUCAAAUAAAGUACGUUCAACCAAGGGACGCUGGUAUGUACGAGUGCCAAGUUUCUACACAUCCACCCACGAGUAUAUUUCUGUUUCUCGAGGUCGUUGUACAUUUUUUUAAAGUAUUACUGAUUAUUCAAAUGUGUGUAAAUAUUGAUACAAUCGAUGGGUGAACUGUACAUAAUCCCAUGCACGUGUAUACUAUGAAUAAAUGAUAAUCUACUUCA